GCUGCAGGAGAAGAUGGCGGUCUCCACAGGCGUUAAAGUUCCUCGUAGUUUUCGCUUGUUGGAAGAGCUUGAAGAAGGACAGAAAGGAGUGGGCGACGGUAUGGUUAGCUGGGGCCUUGAAGAUGAUGAAGAUAUGACGCUCACGAGGUGGACGGGCAUGAUUAUCGGGCCUCCAAGGACAAAUUAUGAAAACAGAAUAUAUAGCCUGAAAGUAGAAUGUCGACCCAAAUACCCAGAAGCUCCUCCAUCAGUUAGAUUUGUAACCAAAAUUAAUAUGAAUGGAAUAAAUAAUUCCAGUGGCAUGGGAACUGCGGACAGGCCAGGAGAUGGCAGGCACCGUCCUUUAAGCGUGCACUUGGAGUGCUCAGAGUGGCGCUCAGGUUUACAGGUGGAAGCACGGCGAGAAGUGUCAGAUGGCUGUGCGAGCAGGUGUGUCUCUGAAGAGGCAGCUCAAGAAGGAAAACCGGAAUGGCCUGCUCUGUCCAUCUUGCUUAGAGAAAGAGCUUCAGUUGAACUGUCUGAAGUAGCAGGUACAAGGAAUGUUGUUGCAGAGUGCGUUCAGUUUUGA